GACUCAGAACUCAGUUGAGAAACUGUCAGUUUGUUGUUAUUUUGCAGGAGGAAUGGAAAUUACGUAAAAAACAGUAAAAAUAAAUCGUAUUUAUCGAUUGGUAGUGCAUUGAGAUGAAAAUUAGCAACUAGGUUGCACAGUGAUUCGGUGGGUGUUGAAAUAUCAGUGGCCAAUUGUGUGUCAAUUAGAUAAAAGUGCAUUUUUGUGUGUGUUUGAGGUUAGGAUUUUGCGCUCCAAUCCAGGAGAUUUGAAACAAUAACAAACAAAUUGGGGCCCCUUUUCUGUGUGAUAAACAGCAUGUUGUUAACAUUCUACUAUAUGGCUGCAACGUGGAUUCAGUCCUGGAGAUUGAGGUCAAUUUUCUCGAGGAUCACGAGUAAAUUGACCGAACAAAUUAGUGUUGUAUUCUACAACCUUCCCACAGAUCUCAAUGAAGUGGCCAAUACACCAGUAUCAUCAGAACUGUGUGUCAACUACCAACAGGCCAGAAUUAGAGAUAUUUUGUGGCACAAUGGCACCCAACGGGGAUGUACUCUGUUUCCCGGACAGAGUAUCUACCUCAAGCCUUGGAUCUCAUUUCCCAAACCACCAACUCUUGUGCCAUUUGCCGUACAGGGAAAUGGCCUUGAGCUGGAUGGAGAAUCUCUGGUUUAUCUCCUUCUGGAGACAGCCACAGUGCCCACAACAAAUGAAAAUAGUAUGCAGUUGCUUAUUGAAGGAUAUGGUGAACCUGUGGCAUGGAAAGUAGAUUCACAUAUUGCAGUCAUCCUCAGAUCAGAUUUUAGAAGAUUUACCGAAAUCAUCAUGGCCUCAUUCAUGCAAGAUUGUCUCGUUAUCAACGACAAUUUGCCUCUGACUCGCAUUCAAUCUGUGGGUGUCGAAGGAUCCCCUCAGCCAUUUGAUUUGCUCCGAAAUCACGCAAAGAAAGAAUUCAUUAGUCGUGCCAUGAGGAAUUUGUCGCUAAUGCAGUGGGAGAAGCAUCUCUGUGGCCUCAGGAGUUUGGCCAUUUUGGCACAGCAAGCCUCAGAGUAUGAGUACAAUAAGAAUCGAACUGAGGGAAAGAGUGGCAUUGUAAAGCCAGAUCUUAUCCCAGCCACCAAACGAGCAGAAACAAUUCUAGUCCCCAAAACAGUCGGACGCGAAGGGAAUGUAUCUCCGAGCAAAAUGCGAAUUGAUUCUCUGUCCCUGGAGUCCGGCAGUGGCACUUCCAAGAACAAAACUAGUCCCAAAGUCUCACCGAGAACAUCCCCAAAGACUAGUCCCAUGAAGAAGAUUGAAGAAGUCGAUGAGACGCCAAUUGUAGCUGCAGCAGCUGAGCCAGUGGCUGAGAUUAAGAGCCCAGAAAUCCUACCUAGUACUUCCUCAAAUUGUACCACCAAAAAACCCCUCCUAAAGCGAACAAAAGCAUCUCAGGGUUGCAAUUCAGCCGUCAUUAGCAAACCACCAAAUAUUCUCGUCUAUUCCGAUUCCAUAGUUACCAGGGACAAUGUCAUUCAGACUCUUCUCAAUGUCCUGGAAGAAGACACUUACACCAUCUAUCCCCUGACAGCCAGUCAAGUUAAAAGUCGCAUUUGGAUGGAGAAUACAACUCUUCUCGUUGUCUGUGGCAGUGUGGCUGACGGAGUGGCUGCCACGCUGCAGGAAUUUUUCCUCAAUGGAGGCAAGAUGCUCUGCCUCUGCAGCGAUCUCAUCCACAUUGUUCUACCAACGUAUCGAACGGCCGAAGUGCGGGAGCAUGAACUGGUACAAUUCAGCUAUGGACGCUGGCGUCAGGUUAAGAUGAUGCAUCACAUCUUCUGCUAUCAACCAUCGCCAGUGAAGAAGCAUUUUUCUCACGAUAGCGAUGAAGGAUCAUCAGUUCCAGCCACAACAGCUGCUCCGGCAUCUUCAAGUGCCCAACCACUCAUAGUGUGUCCAAGGUCCGUGGAAGUUCUUGAUGAAUCUGGUGCGAGUCACAGCGUGGAUGUUCAAGUGCUGGGUACAGAGGAGACCUGGCAGACUCCAAGUCUCGUGCUGGCCCACAAUUCAGCCAAUGGGGGCAAGGCUGUAUUCUCUCAGGUGCAUCUGGAAGCGGAUCCGCUUCAGUUUGAGAAUGACGAGAAUAAAUUCCGGGUACUGAAGCAAAGUAAUGCAGCUAGAUUGGAGAUUUUGAUGGAUUUAUUGGGAUCUCACCUGAAUGUGGUUGUGAAGCGUCUUGAGGCCAUGCAGAAGGCAGUAAAGUUCACCAAUGGAUUCUUCCUGGGACGUCAUGAGGCCAAAUUUGAAAUGCUAGAGAAACUAUCUGGUCAGAUGAAAACUAAAAAUACUCUCAAAGCAACCAAUCUGACUGUGAAAUUUUGCGGGAAAAAUGAUCAAGUACCACCGGCUAGUAAGAUUCUACUUCCAAUUCUUGUGCAUUCCUGCCCAGAGAACUUCUCCACCGUUGAGUAUUUUGAUAACUUAAAAACCGAUAAAAUUGGGAGGCUUGUCAUUUACGUUCCGAUCAUCACGAGUUCCAUGAAUGUGGUCAAUGGAUUGAAUCUGGGUCAUGGAGUUGUUGUGAUACCGAGACAUCAGACCCAGGGCACCGGAAGGACUGCCAAUCAGUGGCUGAGUCCAGAGGGAUGUCUCAUGUUUACCGUACAACUCAAUGUUCCGCUGGGAAGUCGUCUUGGUCAGAGAAUCUCUCUUGUGCAGCAUUUGAUUGCCACAGCCAUGAUCAGUGCCAUUCACAGCCUCGGCCAAGGAUAUCAGGAUCUGGACAUUCGCCUAAAGUGGCCAAAUGAUAUUUACGCCAAUGGAACAGUAAAGAUUGGAGGCCUAAUAACAACAUCCAUUAUUGAGAGUCAAAUGGCCGUGUGCAAUAUUGGCUGUGGCAUCAAUCUGGACAAUUCCAAUCCCACUCUCUGCCUCAAUGAUCUCAUCCGGGAGUUCAAUACGCAAACUAGUGGAAAACUUCCGUUGCUGCGUUAUGAGAAAAUUCUUGCACUGAUUUUCAAUGAGAUUGAGAGGAUUUUCCGUCGUGUUCAGGAAGGUUCACAUGGUUUGGAAUAUUUCUAUGAGCUGUAUUACAAAUUUUGGCUGCACAGUGGAGUUGAGGUGGGCAUUGUGGAUGAGAAGGGUGACCAAAGGACUGCCAAAGUGAUUGGAAUUGAUGAAUAUGGGUAUUUGAAGGUUCAAACUGAUGGUAAGCGAGCUGAAUCUGUUCAUCCCGAUGGGAAUAGUUUUGAUAUGCUUAAAGGAUUGAUCCUGCCGAAAAAUCAUUAAUAUUAAUGCGUCCAAUGAUACUUACUUGUCUAUAGGUUAUUCUCUCAGCAAGCAAACGAUAUAAACGCGCUUUUUAACAACAUUCAAAAUUAAUACACGAAUUCAUUCCUUUUCGGCUAUAAUAUUUGAAAAAAUUUUUAAUCACGACUAUUGGCGAUAAUGUUGCCCAUUAAUGGGACAACUUUGUGAUUUUUCGCAUUAAGAUUGAAGUAUUUAAGUGUUAAUAUCCAUAUGCAAACUUAUUAAGGUGAAAAUCAUACCACGAAUUUAAAGAAAUUCACGCGUCUUUUUCGAUCAGAAAAAAAUUAUAUAAAUCUCAAUGUCUUCGUGUUGAACAUUUUAAUCGGAAUAUUAUCUAAAAGUAUAAGAACUUAUAUAAUGCGAACUUAUUGUGCAUCUUUUUUCGUCAAAUCAGGCCUCAAUUUUGCAUUUAUUCACUGUUUAUUAUUUAAUCGUGUGAACAUGUUAUUUAAUGGAGUAUCGAACAUUUCCAGAGAACAUAUAUGGAGGGUGUGAGAGGUGAUGUUAACGUAUUGUUAUUGUAAAGGAAGGAGAGAAAAAAAGUUCGAAAUAAAGUCAAUAUAUUGAUGUUAAA